AUGGAUUUGAAUAAACAAAUCUCAUGUUCAAUCGAUACGAUUAAAACUAAUAAAUUACUUUUACAAUGUAAAGUUUGUGAAACUGAUGGUGCACAACUUCAUUAUGGUGGAUUAUGUUGUGUAUCAUGUAAAAUGUUUUUUCGUCGAAAUGCAACUUUUGAUCUAGAUGCACAUCAAUGUGUAUUUAGAGAAAAAUGUGAUAUAACAAUAAAUAGUCGACGUGCAUGUCGUUAUUGUCGUUUACAAAAAUGUUUAGAAAUUGGUAUGCAAAGAGAAUUAUUACGUGCAUCACAUCAUCGUCGUAAAAAAAUAAAUGAACAAAUUGUUUCAUCAUUAUCAUCAUUAAAUACAAUACAUACAAUAGAUUUACUUUGUAAUGAUCGUUCAUUAUUAACUGAUGAACAAAGAUGUUGUCUAUCAAAUGUAAUUAAUAUUUAUGAUACAAAAUCUCCUGUUAAUCAUAUACGUUAUUUAUUAUCAAUACAAUCAAAACAUCCAAUGAAAAUGCGUUUAAAAAUGGCUAAAACAACUAUUUUAGAAAUAAUUAUAUCAAUGUAUCAAGGUAUACGUCCAUUAGUUGAAAUAUUACCUGAAUUUCAAACAAUGACACGUUAUGAUCAAUGUGAAUUAAUUGAAAGAAAUCUUUCAUAUGUUGGUGGUUUUAAUGGUAUUAUUGUAUUUCGUGAUGCUGAAGUUCCAUUUAGUACAGCAUUUAAAAAUGGUUUUCCUUUAAUAUAUGGAUCAACAAUUGUAGAUGAUGCUGUAACAAUUGCUAGACGUACUGAUAAUGAUGUUACAUUAAUAAAAUUAAUGAUACCAAUUUUAUUAUUUUCAACAUCAUGUUGUAUUCAUAUUCCAAGCAAUGUAAAUAAUAAUUAUCAAUUAACCGACAUUGAAAUAAAUUCAAUUUUUUUCAAUACAAAACGUCUAUUUGAUAUUCAAAAUACUUAUAUUGAAAUGAUGUUUAAGUACAUGAUACAUCGAUUUGGUUAUAAUGAAGCUUCAUUACGUUUUGCUGGUCUUAUUAAAAGUUUUCUUGAUCAAAGUAUGUGUACUUUUAAAGCGGCAGAUAUUCAAUCACAUGAUCAAUUAAUGAAAACCAUUGUUAAAGAUACUGAAGUAGCAUUACAAGUUCAAAAUGAAUCAAUGGAUUAA